AUGGCUCCAGAGCCAGUGAGGAUAGCGGUGAUUGGCUCCGGGUCAGUCAUCUUGCUUCUUUGGGUGUGGUUCGGUGUGAGUCUGAGUCUGGUGCUGAUACGCGCAACUUGCCGUCAAAUCGUCGUGUCAUUCGUUGGACUCGGCGCGCCGUCAUCGUCCAUUUCAGUCUAGCCGGUCUAGUCACGGCGUAUUCACUACAAACAUUGCAAGCCACACACCCGGACGGAACACCCCUUCAUCUUCAUGUAGAGCUGUUUGAAAAGGUCAGUCCACCAGCACCAGCAAUUGAUACGAUCCCUGGUUGGGCUUUCGCCGGGUGCCGAAUCGUCUACGUAGAUCGUUUCCCCCCCUCACUCACUCCUUCCUCUUGGCGAUCUCGACUCGCUCAAUCUAUGUCCGGUCUACGUCAACACAGAGUCAUGCGUUGGGAAUGGACAGCACGUCCAUCUCGGUCAAUUUUGCGGAUGACACGACGCCGUUUCGGAUUGAUUCCCCAAUGAGGUCCAUCAAUGGAGGUGCGUCCUCAGCCUGCCCCUAAUCAAGGCCGAACCUUCGGACUAGUUGCGCUCCCCAAUUUCGGCCUUGAGGCUGACAUCGAGGAACUCUCGCCUUUCUCUGCAAUAAGGCUCCCAUAGCAGAGUGUUUCAACUCUACAAGCAUCUAGACGUUGCCUUGCGAAGGGCAGAUUUUUCCUACUCCUUCGCCCGACUGUCACGAAAUGACGAUACGCCCAGUACGGUAGCCGACGCACCACCACCCUAUGCGACCAAGGACAUCAAGGACGAAAAGUCAACACAUAGGAACGUUUCACCGCCAAUAGAGUCCAAAAGAAAGGAACGACCGCGGCAUCGGACCCAAUUCUUGUACGAGGGUUCGAACGGGCUGAAAUUCCCGCCACUAGCUCUCCCCUCUUACAUCGCACGAGGCCCAAUCACAACACGGAUAGCCUACCUCAUCGACCUCGUCGGAUUUGCGCUCAGCUACCUCUACCUCUUGGUGCUCGCUUUUGCCUACUCUCGGCUCGGUCUGACCUCCCGAAUGUCGCCGAGAUCUCGGUUUCAGAAUUGGCUACCUAUGGACCGACUUGCGGCCGAAUCGGUGGAUGAGUUUUGCGAGCGAUAUCGGAUUGGAGAUCGGAUGAAAAAUGAAGUGCUGGUACCGCUUUAUGCGGCGGUCACUACGGUGGGGAGGCAGCAGGCGCAGAACAUGCCGGUUGCCGAGUGUCUCGGUGAAUAUUCAUGUAGGGCUUCAGUAUGCGAGUGUCGGUCUCUCUGACCCGAAACCUUGAUUCGUUGUAGACUAUAUCGUCUCCACAUUUGGAUCGUCACACUACGUUGCCGAAGCCGGAGUGCAGCAAGUCGUACGGAGAUUGGUGGCGCCGAUACCCCUUGACCAAGUCCAUCUCUCCUCGACCAUUACAUCCAUCACGACUUCGCCCACAACCUCCUUGCAUCAAUUCACCUUAUUAGAUGGUUCUCAACCGCGGCCGUUUCACCACGUCAUUUUUGCUACCCAGGCGAAUCAAGCCGCCGCUCUCUUGCCCACUUCUCCAGCACUCGCUCCUAUCCUUUCCGCACUCAGAAGCAUCGGCUACGUCCGCACCCUGGUCAUGAACCACACGGACGCGUCGAUCCUUCCCGAGUUGGAACAAGAUCACCGCGACUUGAACCUCGUCUCGUACGAGGCCCCACGCUCCGCGUUUUCUUCAAAAGCCGACCUCAACGACAUCGGUACCUCGAACCGCUUAGGCCGAGGUUCGGUCCAAGCUACACAUAUCGUCUCGAGAACCCACCCGCGUUUAUCUGAUUCGAGCUUAGGUCGAGUUUUGUACCAAACGACGAACCCGAUCGUCGAAAUUGACGAGAACAAGAUCCUUUCUAAAGCAUGGUUCGAACGAGCGGUCGUCACGAGGGAAUCCAAGAGGGUCUUACCGAGGUUCUUAUUGGACCCUUUGGGGAAGGAGGGGGAGAGUUAUCAGGGGAGGGAGAACCUUUGGUUCGUGGGGAGUUGGUGUGCGGAGGGGAUCCCACUUUUGGAAGGUUGUUUGGUGAGCUCGGAGAUGGUUGUCAAGGAGUUGGUUAGGGGUUUGGGUGUGCGGGAGGAAGUGAAGUUGAAAUGGUGA